UUUUGUUUAAGGACCAUAAAUAAUUAGUACUCAGAGAAUAUUCAAUAAUUUUCUCAAGUAAUAUUUAGGCAAUGAUUUUUGUACCUGGAGAAAUGAAAGUUACAAAACUGUCUUCACCAUAGUCUGUUGGCAGUAAAACCGUACAUUAAAUAAAUAUUAUAUUCAUCAUCAUUAUCCACCGUCUGAGAAAUAAAGUCACAAAAACCCUAAAUCCCCAAUUUUUAAUAAGAGUUAUUAUUUGGGCUAUUUUGCCGCCUUAAUUUCAAAAUUUACCGCUUCCUGUUUUGAGUUUUCCCCUAAUCCGCCAUUGUAUAUAUUCUCCUCUACUUCUUUAUGCCUAAAAUUUCAAACCCAUUGUUUCAAAAACCUUUUCUCUCUAUCGUCUGAAAGUUUCCUGCUAUUUUUGUGUUCAUGGUGCAAGGUAUGCAGACACCGCCAAACGAAGCCGUGCCGGAGGCUGAAGAGAGAGCCUUUGAAAGUCAUGAUAAGGUGCGGGAAGAUAAGGAGAGUUUUAUUGAUGGUCGAGGUAUGGAGGAUCAGAUGAAAGUCUCGGAAAGUGAUCAGAAUGUGCGGGAAAAUAAAGAGAAUAAUAUUGAUGAUCACGGUAUCAAGGAUCAAGUGAAAGUCUCUGAAAGUAAUGGAAAAGUCUCGGAAAGUGAUGAGAGAAUACGGGUAAGUAAGGAGAGUUUUGUCGAUGAUCGCGGUAUCUAUGGUGAAGAGGAAGUCCUAAAAAGUAAUGAGAAAGUAUUGAAAAUUAUUGGGAAAACAUCAGAAAGUGAUGAACAAAUGCCGGAUAGCAAGGAUGGUUUUGUUGAUGAUCGCAGUAUCGACGGUGAAGAGAAAGUUUCGGAAGAUGAUGUGAAAAUCUCGGAAAGCAAUGAUAAAGUGCGAGAAUGUAAGGAGAGUAUUGUUGAUGAUUGCGGUGUCGACGGUGAAGUGAAACUGUCCGAUAAUGGUGGGAAACUCUCCGAAAGUACUGAGAAAUUGCCGGAAAGUAAGGAGAGUUUUACUGUUGAUUGUGGUAUUGAGGGUGGAAAGAAGAAGCGUGGUAGGAAGAAGAAGGUUCCGAUAACUGGCGAUUCAGCUGCGGACGUGGUUGUUAAUGAAGCUUCUGUCAAGAAACGAGGAAGAAAGCCUGGGAAAGUAAAUUGUUUGAGUGGCAGUUCGGAACUUUUGGAGGAGAAAGGUCAGGGGAAUGAUUGUUCGGUGAAGGUGGUUCAUUUAAGAGGGGAAAAAAAACCGAAGCUUGCGGAAGAUGAUGGGAAGAAUGGUGUCAGUGAAAGUGAGCAAGUUGAAGGGGUUGGUGUUAGUGGUGGUUCUGUUGACGAGUCUGGAGAUGAUACACUGAAGAGCCGACUUAGGACUAGACUUACCAGGGUCGUGUAUACGGAUCCAUUUGAGAUCGAUGGAGAUGACGAGGAUCAUAAAAGAAAGAAGGGUCGUAGAAAGAGGAAAGUGGCAGUGGAUCAGAAUGAAGGUGUUGAGGAAAAUCAAACAGGAAAUGGUCCGAAAGAUGUCGAUGGUGAUUUGACUGCUAAAUGCGGUCGAAGAGGUGGAAAGAAGGCUGUGGUUCGGGGGUUGGAGUUGGAGAAUAAAUCAAACGGUGAUUUAGAUGGAGAAGGCGUGCACAAUGAGUGUAAUAAGGGAUCUAAAAAGCGCAUGAACAAGAUUAAGGAUAGAGGGGUAAGGAAUGAAAAGGAGGAUUUGAAAGAAGGUCUAUUGGAAAAUAAAGAGAGUUUGAAUCAAGAGAAGAAGUUUGGCGAUUUGAAGGAAGCACAUGAAAAUGGAGGAAAUUUGGACAAUGACCAAAAGGGUAGGCGUAGGAAAUCAAAAGAUUCAGAGCAAGAGGAUUCACAUAAAAGAAAGAGGGACCAAAAAUUUGUUGAAGAGAUAUCCUUAAUGUGCCAUCAAUGUCAAAGGAACGACAAAGGCAGGGUUGUUAGAUGUACAAAGUGUAAGAGAAAGCGGUUUUGUGUACCUUGCAUAGAGAACUGGUAUCCUAAUACACCUGAAGAGGACAUUGCUGAGUCAUGUCCUGUAUGCAGGGAAAAUUGUAACUGCAAAUCCUGCUUGCGCUUAGAUGUACCCCUCAAGAAAUUGAAGGAGAACACAGUUAAUGUCAGUGAUGAUGAUAAAAUUGAGUAUUCUAGGUAUUUGCUUCAACAGCUUCUUCCGUUUAUGAAAAGACUAAAUGCUGAACAAGUUAUUGAAAGAGAGCUAGAGGCUAAAAGACAAGGAAUAGCCGUGUUAGAGCUGGAGAUACAAAAGGCGGGUUGCUUUGAAAAUGAGCGUGUAUAUUGCAACAACUGCAGAACUUCAAUUGUUGAUUUUCACAGAAGCUGUCCUAGAUGCUCAUAUGACCUUUGCCUCAUUUGUUGCCGCGAGAUUCAAGAUGGACACCUGCGCGGAGGUGGGGAGGAUGUUGUUUUUCAGUUUAUUAAUAGAGGCUUGGAAUACUUGCAUGGUGGUAAGCCUGAAACUAUCACUAUCUGUUCGGACAGUGCAAGGCCAACCUCUGAGUGGAAAGCAAAUGAUGAUGGAAGAAUUCCAUGUCCCCCAAAGGACAUGCAAGGUUGCGGUGAUGGUCUCCUGGAACUGAGGUGCAUUUUCUCUGAAAAUUUUGUCUCCGAGUUGGUAAAGAAAGGAGAAGAAAUAGCAGAAACUUACAGUCUAAUUGACAUGUCUGAAACUCCUGGACAACAAUGUUUGUGCAACAGUGCAAGGGAUGUGAGCGAUUUGAACAAUGGCACGGUAAGGAAGGCUGCUUCUCGAGAGGAUUCUGAUGACAAUUAUUUGUACUGUCCAUCGGCCACAGAAAUCCAACAAGAGGAUUUAAAACAUUUCAGGUGGCAUUGGAGUAGAGGUGAACCUGUAAUUGUUAGUAAUGUGCUUGAAACUACUUCAGGUUUAAGCUGGGAACCAUUGGUCAUGUGGCGAGCAUGUCGUCAGAUGAAUCAUACCAAGCAUAGUAAACAUUUGGAAGUCAAGGCAAUUGAUUGCUUGGAUUGGUGUGAGGGAGACAUUAAUAUCCAUCAAUUCUUUACUGGGUAUUUAGAAGGCCGGUUUGAUUUUAAACACUGGCCUCAAAUACUGAAGCUGAAAGAUUGGCCUCCCACUAAUUUAUUUGAAGAGCGUCUGCCUCGUCAUAAUAUGGAGUUUUUAAGUUGCUUGCCAUUUAAGGAAUACACACAUCCUCAUGGUGGUUUUCUAAACCUGGCUGUCAAACUGCCCAAGAUGGCUAUAAAGCCAGACAUGGGGCCCAAGACAUACAUUGCUUACGGUGUUCAGCAAGAGCUUGGACGAGGAGAUUCUGUAACCAAGCUUCAUUGUGACAUGUCUGAUGCAGUGAAUGUUCUGAUGCACACUGCUGAUGUGAGCUUCACACCUGAACAACUUAUUGUUAUAGAAAACCUGAAAAAGAAGCACAAUGAGCAAGACCAAAGAGAAAUUUUUGGGAACGAUCAGACUGUGGAUAACAAAGUUAAUGGUAAAAAAUCUGAGAAGAGGCAAGAGGCAAAGUUAGGGCAAGAUAAAAGUGGUGAUAGUAUUGAGCACUCGCUAAAUUGUGAAAAGAAGUUGCAAAACUUGGAAAUGGCCGAGGGUGGUGCUCUUUGGGACAUUUUCAGGAGAGAGGAUGUUCCCAAGCUGCAGGAAUAUCUGAAAAAGCACUUCAGAGAAUUCAGGCAUGUUCAUUGUUCUCCAUUAGAACAGGUUAUUCACCCCAUACAUGACCAGACCAUUUAUUUGGCUAUGGAGCACAAAAGGAAACUCAAGGAGGAAUAUGGAAUUGAACCAUGGUCAUUUGUUCAAAAACUUGGAGAUGCUGUCUUCAUACCUGCUGGGUGUCCCCAUCAAGUCAGAAAUUUGAAGGACUGGAGCUCGGGGAAGACGAUUGGCAGUGUUAGAAUGAGUAAUGGUCUCUACUAUUUUGAGGAUAUUCUAUCUAAUAAUAAAAUUGCUCAAGGACUUAGUAGUAUUAGUUCUUUUACUGUUUAUGAUCAAAUAAUGAUUUGGCACUAUAAAUUGGGCCAUCCUAGUUUCUCUUAUUUAAAACGUUUGUUUCCUGGUUUAUUUAAGAAAUUAAAUCCAUUAUUCUUUCAUUGUGAUAGUUGUUUACUGGCCAAGAGUCAACGUAAAUCUUAUAUCCAAAAAUCUUAUUGUCCUUCUAAACCAUUUUACCUUUUUUAUGGUUAUGUUUGGGGACCUUCUAAGGUCACCACAAUUUCUGGUAAAAAAUGGUUUGUUACGUUUAUAGACGACCAUACUCGUCUUUGUUGGGUUUACCUAAUGAAAGAAAAAUUUGAAGUGACAAAAAUUUUUACCGAUUUUUAUUCUAUGAUUGAAACCCAAUUUCAAACUAAAAUCAGCAUUUUAAGAUCUGAUAAUGGUACAGAAUAUUUUAAUAAAAUUUUAGGCAGUUUUUUAAGUGGAAAAGGCAUAUUAUAUCAAUCUUCAUGUCCUGACACCCCUGAACAAAAUGGCUUGGCUGAACGCAAAAAUAAACAUUUGUUAGAAGUUGCUAGGGCUAUGAUGCUUUACAUGAAUAUGCCUAAAUAUUUGUGGGGAGAUGUUGUACUUACUGCCUCUUAUUUGAUUAACAGGAUGCCUACUCGUGUUUUACAAUACACAACUCCUUUAUCUUGUUUCAAAAAGUUUUUCCUAAAUCUCGGGCUUAUUUUGAAUUACCCUUGAAAAUUUUUGGUUGUACUGUUUAUGUACACAUUCCUAAAAGGUCUAGGUCUAAACUUGAACCAAGAGCUAAAAAAUGUGUUCUUGGGUAUCCUCUUAAUAAAAAAGGAUAUAAGUGUUUCAAUCCUCUUACAAAUUUUUUUUAUAUUUCAAUGGAUGUUUCUUUCUUGGAAACUACUUCAUAUUUCCAGAAAAAUUUAAUUCAGGGGGAGAAUAUAGAAGAAUCAAAUUUUUGGGAACUUGUUCCUAUACCGAAUAUUAUAUUGGAUGCUUCUCCUUCUCUUCAAGAUGUUCAAGCUAUUGAAACUGAAUCUGAAAUUGGUCUGUCAGAUAAAGAAAUACUACGAUUGAUUAAAAAUCGUCAAAAUCUUGAGCCUGUGGUUUAUACUAGAAAGAAUGUCAUUGAAAGAAAUAAAGACCAGCAACUCAUCUCAGAACCUGAUCAAUCUGAAGCCCUGAGUGAUGGUUAUCUGAAUACUCCAGGUAACAAUUCUCAUUCUAUUCAUCCUUUGCCUCCAAGUGUUACUAAUCCUGAAUCCGAGCCUUCUAUAGAAGUAGCAUCAAGAAACAUUAACCCAGAUUUGCACCUUCCUAUUGCCAUUAGAAAAGGGACCCGAGCCUGUACUAAAUACCCUAUUGCCAAAUAUAUUUCAUAUAACCAACUGUCUGAAACUCAUAGAGCAUUUACCACAAAUAUUUCAGACCUUGUUGUGCCUAGAAACAUACAGGAAGCACUAGAGGAAUCAGCUUGGAAAUUAACAGUGUUUGAAUAAAUGAAUGCCUUAAAAUAGAAUGAUACUUGAGAGAUGGUUGGGCUACCUAAGAAGAAAAAAGUUGUAGGCUACAAGUGGGUUUUUACAGUAAAAACCAAAGCUGAUGGGAGUAUUGAGAGAUAUGAAUCUAGGCUUGUUGCAAAAGGCUUCACUCAAACCUAUGGGAUAGAUUAUCAAGAAACAUUUGCUCCUGUAGCAAAAAUAAACUCUAUCCGAGUGCUUCUUUCCCUUGCAGUGAACUCUAAAUGGUUGUUACAUCAAUUAGAUGUAAAAAUGCAUUUCUUAAUGGAGAUCUGGAAGAAGAGGUAUUUAUGAGUCCUCCUUCUGGCUUUGAGAAGAGUUUUGAAGGGGGAAAAGUGUGCAAACUGAAGAAGUCUUUGUACGGACUUAAACAGUCUCCAAGAGCAUGGUUUGAGCAUUUUGGAAAGGUGAUAAAACACAACAGACACACUCAAAGUCAAGUUGAUCAUACUAUGUUAUAUAAACAUUCCAAGGAAGGUAAAGUUGCUAUCUUAAUUGUUUAUGUAGAUGAUAUUGUGUUAACAGUGAGUGAUCAUUGUGAACUAGAAGCUCUAAAGAAGAAGUUGGCUGAAGAAUUUGAAAUCAAGGAUUUGGGUGUAUUAAAAUACUUUCUUGGAAUGGAGUUUGCUAGGUCCAAAGAAGGUAUCUUUGUAAAUCAGCGUAAAUAUGUCCUUGAUCUUCUGAAUGAGACUGGUUUGUUGGGGUGUAAGCCCGCUAAAACACCGGUUGAACCACACGAAAAAUUGCAACCUGCACAAGAGGAGAAUGUAAAGGACAGAGAGUGCUAUCAAAGGCUGGUUGGAAAACUGAUUUAUCUAUCUCACACGCAUCCAGAUAUAGCAUUCGCAGUGAGUAUGAUAAGUCAGUUCAUGCACUCACACUCACCUGGACCGAAACACUUCAAAGCUGUUUACAGAAUUUUGAGAUACUUAAAGGGAACACUUGGGAAAGGACUCAUGUUCAAACCACGGGGCCAUCUACAAAUUGAGACUUAUACAGAUGCGGAUUGGGCUGGUAGUGUAGUGGAUAGAAGGUCUACCUCAGGCUAUUGUUCCUUUGUUGGAGGUAACUUAGUUACAUGGAGAAGUAAAAAGCAGAGUGUGGUUGCUAGAAGUAGUGCUGAAGCAGAAUUUCGAGUUGUUGCUCAAGGCAUUUGUGAGAUCUUGUGGAUAAGAAGGCUACUUGAAGAAUUGAAGGUAUCACAGUCAUCUCCUAUGAAGUUGUAUUGUGAUAACAAGGCUGCUAUCUCAAUUUCACACAAUCUAGUUUUGCAUGAUCGUACAAAACAUGUGGAAGUGGACAAGCAUUUUAUUAAGGAAAAAAUAGAGGAUGGUUCAGUGUGUAUGACUUAUAUUCCUACUGAACAACAAGUAGCUGAUGUAUUCACAAAAGGAUUGUUUAAAAAACAGUUUGAUUUUUUGAAUAGCAAGCUGACUAUGGAGGAUAUUUUAAAACCAGCUUGAGGGGGAGUGUGGGAAAAUCAAACUGUUUUUAGGAACAUUCCUAACUUAGAAUGAUUCUUGUGAGGCUAUCAAAUAUUCAAAGAUUUGACAACUAUUCUUAUUCUAGGAAACUUAUUAAUUUGCUAAUUUAUUUUCUAUAUAUUUGUGAUUUGGUUCACACUUAUUAUAAAUAUAUGUUCACUGAAUAGAAAUAUAAUAUACAAUUUUUCCCAAUAUUUGUGACUAUCACAAAGUAAGUACACUCUUGAUCUUCUAAAAGAAACUGGAAUGCUAGGUUGUAAACCUUGCAAAACUUCAAUUGAACUUGGAGACAAAGCACGAAUGUUCAAAGGAGAUCCAGUUGCCAAGGGGAGAUACCAACAGUUAGUUGGAAAGCUCAUUUAUCUCUCACACACUAGACUCGACAUUGUGUUUGCUGCGUAGUAAGUCAAUAUAUGCAUGACCUUCGCCAAGGUUCUCAAUGUUGUGUAUCGAGUGUUGAGGUAUUUAAAGCAAACACCAGGCAAAUGGUUAUUUUUCAAGAAAGUUCUUGAACGGAUAGUUGAAGCAGAUUGGACUGAAUUGAUUAUUGAUAGGAAGUCUACAUUUGGCUAUUGUAUUUUAUUGUGGGGCAACCUGGUAACAUGGCGAAGGCGAAGUAAGAAGCAGUGCAAAAGCAGAAUAUAGAGCCAUGGCCCAUGGAGUGUGUGAAAUAAUUUGGCUAAAGGGACUACUGGAGGAGUUAAAGAUUGAAUAUGAAGCUUUUGUUCAACUUUACUGCGACAAUCAAUCUACUAUUAGUAUUGCUCAUAACCCAAUACAUUAUGAUAGAACAAAAUACGUGGAAGUGGAU